UAGUGUGGAAAUAAAUAUUAAUUGCAUUCCUUAUACGAUAAAAGGACAAGAUACAAGCUGAAUUUAGUAACGCCAGACCUUCCGGUGCUUCACCCCUGGACCCACCAGGGGCCCUAGGCCAAGGCUUGGACUACAGUGACCGACUUCCUUAUAUUUUUGCAAUUCGAAUUUAAUUUUGAUAUGGGCAGCUAGAUAGCAAUGUUGCAAUAUAUUUAUCAUUUCUAUAUUUAUUUAUGCAUGGCCUAUCAUUAUACAAAGUAGGCCUAUCAGGCCCCGCCUACGCACCAGGGGCAUGGGUCAAGUUUAACUGGCAAACUUUGUCUGAACAUACUUCAGUUAUCGUCCUGGUUUUACAUUGUUUAAAGAUGCAUAGACUACAUAGGGCUUCUAUCGGUUUUCUUGGUAGUGUCAUUAUUGCCUACUGUGUCUACCGUAUAUUCAUACCAUGGUCAUCUAACGUCACAUUAUGGUACUACGAGAUGCUUCCAUAUUCGUCGAUAUUACUCUAUUGUGAAGGGAUAGCCUUUAUGUUACUUGCUAUGGUAGGAGGUGCACUUGUCCACAUAUCGUCAGUAACGUGGUCCGAUCAUCUCAAUAUCUCAUCGAUUGCUGUACUCUAUAUUACCUACAUUGUCUCGAUGAGUUUCUCUUUCAUAUAUUUCCGUUCAUUUAAACAACAGACGAAGCAUUUCAGAAAGACCCAGGAACAAUUCAUUCUUAAAGGACUAAAUGAGCAGCGUAAUACCGUCUACGGCAAAGAUUUUCAUUUCAGUAAAAUUCAUAGUCUUCAAGAUCUAAAAGCUAAACACCCUUUGACAACGUACAGUCACUAUGAAAAGUACGUUGAUCGCAUCUGCAAUGGCGAGUUGAAUGUUAUGACAAAAGAGAAACCAAUAAGGCUGACAAUAACUUCAGGAACCACUGGUAAAGGAAAGAAAAUACCAUAUACAGAGCAAAGCUUGUUGCAAUUGGUAAAGCCUAUGCGUUUCCUAGCCCCAAGAAUUUUAUCUCAAAUGUUUCCAGGUCAGUUAAGUCCAUUGCAGCAAAAGCUCCUUAUAUACACGGCACCUAAAAGCAGACCACUUGAAGGUGGUAUUCGUGUAGGCCCCGGCUUUAUGAUAGAGCAAUCUUACAAAAAAUAUUUGAUAGCUAAUACUACACCACCUUCUGGGUUUUUCAUUUGCACCGAGUUUGAAGCCUGUUACGUUCACAUGUUGUUCGGUAUACGCGACAGAUACUUAAAAGAAAUUUCGGCUGCAUUCACACCAGCGUUGAUGGCCGCCCUUAAAAUACUCGAAGAGCACUGGGAGCAAAUGCUUAAUGACAUCGAAACUGGUUCCUUGUAUUCUAAGCUAGAUCUCCCUUUGGAUAUUCGUGAAGAUUUGGAGCAACAUAUCCGCGGAACUUGUAAUCCGGAUAGAGUACAAUUUCUUAGGAAAGAAUUUAAAGCUGGUUUUGACGACAUAUGCAGGAGAAUUUGGCCAAGAUUGAGAGUUAUUACUAGCAUAGAUCUAUGUGAAUGUGCUGAAACACUCAAGAAGACAUACACCAAAGGAAUUCCAAUUGUGCCGCAGUUCUAUUUAAGCACUGAAGGAUUGCAUGGCAUUAAUGUCGAUGUUCUAAAGCCACCACCAUACCAAUAUGUUUUGUUGCCAAAUUCACUCAUGUUCGAGUUUAUCCCCGUGCAGAACAGCGAUGAAGAGAAUCCGGAGACUUAUUUUGGCGACGAAGUAAAAGUGGGAGAGAACUAUGAAAUGGUUCUCACAAACUGGACCUGUGGACUCUAUCGUUUUCGAUUUGGUGACGUCAUAAAAGUCGUUAAAUUUUACAACCAGUGCCCUGUUAUUGAGUUUCAGUAUAGAUACGGUCAGUUAAUGAGCAUCCGUGGAGAAAAGGUAGACGAAGCGUGCUUGUUUGAAGCUGUGAAGAAAACAUUAAACAGAUGGCCAGGGCUUAAACUUGUCGACUACGCAUGUGCAGAAAGUUUAUUGGCGCCUGAUUCUGUCAGGCGCCCUGGCCCAGAUUACUACAUGAUUUUUAUUGAAGUGGAAGGAUCAGAGAACGUUAUCAGAAUUGCAUCUGAACUGCCGAAAUAUCUUGAUGUUGAACUUUGCGAGCAGGCAUGUUUGUAUAAACGUUUCCGCGAUAAUAUCUCUCUCGGGCCGGUGGACGUACAGCUUGUGAAGCCAGGGGGCUUUGCAAACCUGAAGAGGUAUAUCAUUGAAAAUUCAACAGCAUCAGUAAACCAAUUCAAGCAGCCACGCAAGCUCAAAACGUCCGGCGUGAUCACCUGUAUUCUAAACCAAACUUUAAGUACUUAAAUAAAUGUAUGCACUCCAUAGAUAGACAAAAAUUGCCUCCAGUUAUAAUACAGUAAUGAUUUUAUUUCCUUCAAAUCCAACAGCAUGUACACUUGCCACUUAUGGAUGGAAUGAUUUUUUUUAACCAUAUUAAUUUUAUUAAGGAUGACUCUUCCAGCGUAUCCUCGAAGGUCGUUUGAUAUUUACGGGCCCUCUUUCAAUAACUGAAAUAAUGUGAUGCUUUUAUCAGCGAAGUCUCUUUAUGAGGCUUAGGGAGUGAAGUUUUUUUUGUUUUUUUAGUGAGAAAAAGUCCUGAUGUCACGGGAUUUGAACCCAGUACCCUAAAGUGUUAUCGUACCGAAUACUCAGUACCGUACAUUCCCAAAUACUUUUUUCGCAAGUAUUUUAGGUACGGCAAAACAUUACUCCGAUCCCAUCAUAUUAUUCAUAUUAUUAUCAUCAUCAUUAUAGUGGUAAAGGUGCUUAUUCUGCAAUCUGUACAGGCACUUACUAUCUUUGUAUACACACACAAUAUUAUUAUUAUUAAGUAUUAUACUGUGUGAAGACAAAGAGAGCCUUUACAGAACAUAAGCCUGUCAUAUUUUGAAUUGAUAAGCAUGUCAGUCAAGUUUAUUCCUGUUAUUUCAGUUACAAUAGCCCGACUAUCAUACGGUAUUCAUAUCCGUUACAAAGAAUUAUAAGUUUUAAAACAUCCUCUACGUGAAAUAAAAGGUCAAACGAUGUAUUUUAUGGGUAACAAUUAUGAAUACAUAAUUUUUGUUUGCUUGUUAAUAUGACGCAAUUUAGUUCUUGAUGUUAUACAGUAGAACCCUUCCUUUGGGACACCCCUAUUAAGGGACACUUUUCCGUGAAACGAGGGGAAAUAUAUCUGUUAACACUAAAGCCAACCCCUAUUAAGGGGACACCUAAGGGGACGGGGACACUUUUUGAGUGUGCCAAAUGGUCAAAUAACCCCUUAUUAACGGGAUACUUAUAGGCUACUUUUGUAUAUCAUUAAUAACAUUGUAUCACAAAACAGUCUCAAGAUUCAUUCAACUUUAUAUUUUGACACAUUAUAAGCAAUAAACCAGAAUUCCUCCUGAAUCCUUAGAGUGAACAUCGGUAUUAUGUCUACUGCAUGUGUUACUUCGUAUACACCAAUCUUGUCAAUUUUGAUCCUUAACCUCAGGGAUUUCUUUUUCUUUUUGUUCAUGUAUUUUAAUCCAUAUUAUAUACCUCAUGCACAUAUACUAGGCAUCUGAUUGGUUAAGCGGGCAAUAGAAGUUACUAUUGCCCUCAAAAAGUACUAUUCCCCUGAAAAAUAAUACUUUUUUUGCCCUGUCGCAUGUGCAAACUCCAGGCCCAUAUCGCACCACGGAUCAGCGAUUAGACAAUAAACAAAUAUAUGGAGACUAGGCCUAAAUAUACAGUAAAUAACUUGGUAUGUAUAUUUCCCGAUCAGCCUCUGACAAAUGCCACAUUGAUGAAAUCAUUUAAAAAAAAAAGGCAACAGAUUCAUAGCAUACUAAGCCAGAUGAAAAUUGUAUUAAAGAGUUGGAAGUUAAAAAUUACAUUUAAUGGUAACAAAGCUGGUUCAAUAUUCCACCGGUGCGCCAAACGACACACUACCUGUUCUGCCAUACACAACCAUGUUUGUAAGGGGAAAAUCAUGUUUUGUAAUAUACGAAAGUUAUUCUGUCUUUACGAAACAUAUUUUGUAAAAGACAAAACCAUGUUUGUGUGUGCAAACCAUGUUUUGUAAUAAACAAAAUCAUGUUUGUGUGUACAAAACAUGUUUUAUAAAAGACUAUAACAUUGUUUUGUCUUUUAAAAAACAUAAUUUGUACAGACAAACAUGGUUUUGUUGUCUUCACAAAACAUUUUUUGUACAUGACAAACAUGGUUUUGUCUUCACAAAACAAACAUGGUUUUGUCUUCACAAAACAUGUUUUUUCUAUUACAAAACAUGUUUUUUACAGACAAAUAUGGUUUUGUCUUUACAAAACACGUUUAGUACAAGACAAACAUGGUUUUGUCUAUUACAAAACAUGUUUUGUACAGACCAACAGGGUUUUGUCUUUUACAAAACAUGUUUUUUUUUGUGUCCAUACGGUAAAACGUUCCAAAGUAAAUGAUGAAAGAAACUGUAUGACGAUAAUGGGCACACAAGAGUGGCCUGAUGGCAGUGCUACUAAAAGAUGUAACACCGCGCAUAACCUCAAAAUAGGAACAGGGGUGUUAUAAUGCAAGGUUGGCGACCAAAAAACCACCUACCUGACACAUAAGUAAUUAUGGGAAGGAAAUUGGUGCACACCAGAGCCAUAUAUAUAUAAAGAGUUGCGACAUUCCACUCCUUGGUUUAAAAUUAAAUUUUAAAAAAUUGC